GCCAUACUGCAAUGCAUCUUGGGAUAAAGAAGGUGUCGUUGUAGUGCUGUAGAAAGUCCUUGGACGUGAGAUGAUUUUUUUUACCUGCAAAUUGUUAAAUAUCAUUUUGAAAAACUAUUGGUGAAAAAUAAGAUUGUUUAUCAACUACGCCGAGGCCGUGUGUCUGCUGUAGGGAGAAAUGGGAGCUGAUAAAAGGAUUAGCCGCACAGAGCGAAGUGGUAGGUAUGGCUCUGACCAGUCCCGUGAUGAAUCAGAUUGGCGUGACAGACGAGAGAGGGACCAAGACCGUGAUCACAACAUGCGCCGCUGGGGCGAUGAGAGACGUAGUGAUCGUUUUGAAGAGCGUCGAGGAUCAAGAGACAGUCCAGAGCAAAGAGAAAGGAAACGACGCAACAGUGAUAGAUCAGAAGAUGGUUAUCACUCUGAUGGCGACUACCCAGAGCAGGACUACAGGAGGGAGCCUGGCGAGGAGAAGAAGAGCAAGACCAUCAUGCUCUGGGGUCUUUCUCCUCAUGUCACUGAGGAUGAUAUUCGUUUUGCCAUAGACCAACUGGAGGGACCACAGCCGGUGGAUGUCAGGCUAAUGAAGAAGAAAACAGGUAUAAGCCGUGGUUUCGCCUUCGUGGACUUUUAUCACUUGCAAGAUGCUACCCGAUGGAUGGAGACCAAUCAGAAACGUCUGACCAUCCAAGGCAAAAGCGUGGACAUGCACUACAGUCACCCCAGAAACAAGUAUGAAGACUGGCUCUGCAACACUUGUGGCCUGUACAAUUUCCGGAGGAGGCUGAAGUGCUUCAGGUGUGGAGCAGCCAAAGCUGAAGGUGACACCAGCAAUAAUACUGGAGUCUCUGAACCUCAACCCAGUGGAGAGUUCUGUGGCGACACAAUCAUCCUGCGAAAUAUAGCUCCUCUGACUACUGUGGAAGCCAUCAUGACAGCCCUGGCACCAUACGCUAAUCUUUCAUCCAACAACAUUCGGCUCAUCAAGGACAAGCAGACGGGCCAAAACAGGGGCUUUGCCUUUGUGCAGCUGUCUUCUCCUCUGGAGGCCUCUCAGCUGCUAACCAUCUUGCAGGGACUGCAGCCUCCACUAAAACUGGAUGGAAAAACAAUUGGAGUGGACUAUGCUAAGAGUGCUAGAAAGGACCUUUUACUACCUGAUGGAAAUCGUGUCAGUGCCUUCUCUGUGGCCAGCACAGCUAUUGCUGCAGCCCAGUGGUCCUCAAGUCAGCCACAGCAGAGCUCAGAGGGCAUGUCAGAGUACAGCUACCUGCAAGACGGCUUUCCUUCAUUGUCACAGGAUUACCAGACGUUCUACCAGCAAGGAGCAGGUGCCAGCACCUCUCAGGGAAAUGGGAUUCUAGGAGCUGCCCCAGGUGUAAAGAUUGUUCCAACUGCAGCUGGAGUAGUGAUAUCACAAACUGCGCAAGUCUACCAACCCCAUAUAAUUGUGCAGCCUGCUGUUCAGGCUUUACCACUUGCCCAGCAACUGGAGGCAAAACCCCAGACAGGACAUCUUUCAGGUGUUGAAGCUGCGUCUGUGCCUGUUGCCCCCGUCGCCGCUGCCACGGUUACUGCUGCCAGCACAUUAAUAGCCUCGGGACAGACAGCUGACACCAGCACUUCUGCUCCUGAUACCUCCACCUAUCAGUACGAUGAGUCCUCUGGCUACUAUUAUGAUCCUCAAACUGGCCUCUACUAUGACCCAAAUAGUCAUUAUUACUACAAUGCACAGACCCAGCAAUAUCUAUACUGGGACAGUGAAAAGCAGACAUAUGUACCAGCAUCAACUGACAUAAAUGCUGGACCAAAUGAUAAUGCUGCUGCAGCCACAAGCAGCAAAGAUCCUAAAGAACCCAAGGAGAAAAAGGAAAAGCCUAAAAGCAAGACUGCUCAGCAGAUUGCUAAAGAUAUGGAAAGGUGGGCUAAAACUCUCAACAAGCAGAAAGAGAACUUCAAGAGUAGUUUUCAGCCUAUCAGUCAAGAAGAGAGGAAGGAGGCAGCAGCUGCAGAUGCUGGCUACACACUUUUUGAAAAGAAGCAGGCAGGAACUUUAGACAGACUCAUGCCAGAGAUGCCAAAGUGCUCUGAGGAGGAGCCACCAACCAGCUCAGUUAGCACUUCCAAGUGUGUCCUUGUGGCAGCCUACAGUGGAGACAGUGACCCGGAAGAGGUGGGAGCAGAGCCUGAUGGUGGCGACGGAAUUCAGAACAAGCUGACAGACUGGACAAAAUUGGCUUGCUUGCUGUGUAGGCGACAGUUUCCCAACAAAGAGAGUCUAAUUCGACAUCAGCAACUCUCGGACCUCCACAAGAAAAACCUGGAGGUUCUCCGCAGAUCCAAAAUGAGCGAAGCUGAGCUGGAGGAGUUGGAGAGAAAAGAGACUGAGAUGAAAUACAGAGACAGGGCUGCUGAGAGGAGAGAAAAAUAUGGCAUCCCUGAACCCCCAGCCCCCAAAAAGAAGAAAUUUAGUCAACCAGCACCAGUCAUUAAUUACGAACAACCCACUAAGGACGGCCUUAACAGUGACAAUAUUGGGAACAAAAUGCUGCAGGCCAUGGGCUGGAAGGAGGGUAAAGGUCUCGGUCGCAACCAGCAGGGCAUCACUACACCAAUUGAGGCACAGUUGAGGACAAAGGGAGCUGGACUUGGCACCAAAGGCACCAAUUACACCCUCUCUGCUUCAGACACGUACAAAGACGCAGUCCGCAAAGCUAUGUUUGCUCGCUUCACUGAAUUGGAAUGAGUGGUUGGUCUCGAGCUCAAUUGAUUUAUCAUCAAGACUUGCAGAAGAUUUGCUUCACGUCCACAUCAACAGCGACAAGUGAAUUGGCAUGGAUGCUAAAGAGAGGUUCUCCUUAAAUGAUUUCACUCCGUGUAUGAUACAUGAUGAUUAUGUCUCUUGGCAUAAUGGUUAAAUCAGACAAUACAAAAAACAUCUGUAAUGGAGGUCUGUUAAGAUAGUGAAUAAGAUUAUUUAUAAAUGUACAUAGGCACAGUAAUUUUGUUAAGUUUACAUAUUUGUUCUGUGUUAAUGCCAUUUUUCUGUCUCAGCAUGUUUAAAAGAUUGUACAGUUUAUACAAAGAUCUUUUUUCUGUUUGUUCAAAAAAUAAACGACAUUGAUUUAU